CUUUGGCAUCCUGUCUCGCUUCACGGCUGUCUGGCAUCGGGACGCGGCGGAGGGAAGGAAGGAAGGAAGGAAGGGAAGGAACGAAAGGAAGGCGAGAAGUGUCGCAGAGCCCGAAAAAAAGUUCCGAAACGCGAACAAAGUCCACAUUUAUUCGGCGGCGCGACCAAAGAGGAAGCUAACAACCGUUAGCGGGAGAAGGCAGGCGAAGGAUUGCGACUUUUGAGGAAGAUUCCACGGCGGGAAUGUCGCCAGGCUCGUGCGAGGAGCUGGAAGCCAUUUGAGGGAAGGUGACCCCACCCAAACCAGGACAGCGGGGGGGCGUGGCCGCCGGGCAUGACGCGCUGAGCCGCGUCGUGCGUUCUUUUCCGUGGCGGCUCGCCGACCGGGACCGGGAUGGGGAAGGAGCAGGACCUCCUGCAAGCGGUGAAGACCGGAGACCUGCCGUCCGCUCAGAAGAUCCUGUCCAAGCUGAGGAGCGGCAGGACCAAGCUGUUGGGGUCCACAAAGAGACUCAACAUCAACUACCAGGACUCAGACGGGUUCUCCGCACUCCAUCACGCCGCCCUGACAGGAACGGCCGAGCUGCUGGUGGCGCUGCUGGAGGCGCAGGCGUCGGUGGACGUAAAGGACAGCAACGGCAUGCGGCCCCUCCAUUACGCGGCGUGGCAGGGCAAGGCCGAGUCGGUCCUGAUGCUGCUGCGUUCGGGAGCAUCCGUCAAUGGAGUCUCCCUGGACGGACACAUCCCUCUGCACCUGGCCGCCCAGUACGGACACUACCAAGUGUCCGAGAUGCUCCUGCAGCACCAGUCCAACCCCUGCCUGGUCAACAAGGCCAAGAAGACCCCCCUGGACCUGGCCUGCGAGUUUGGACGAGUCACGGUGGCCCAGCUGCUGCUGAGUAGUAACAUGGUGGUGGCGUUGCUGGAAGGGGAGAGGAAGGAGACCACGGACUCCGCCUUCACCACGCCGCUGCACCUGGCCGCUCGCAAUGGACACAAAGACAUCAUCGUGCUGCUGCUGAAGGCGGGCAUCGACAUCAACACCACCACCAAGUCUGGCACCGCCCUCCACGAGGCUUCGCUCUACGGCAAAACCGAGGUGGUGCGGCUCCUCCUGGACGCUGGCGUGGACGUGAACAUCAGAAACACGUACAACCAGACGGCACUGGACAUCGUCAACCAGUUCACGACGUCCCACGCCAGCAGAGACAUCAAACAGCUGCUCAGAGACGCCACAGGUGUUCUGCAGGUCCGAGCCUUGAAGGACUUCUGGAACCUUCACGAUCCCACCGCCCUCAACAUCCGGGCCGGGGACGUGAUCACGGUGUUGGAGCAGCACGUGGACGGUCGCUGGAAAGGCCACAUCCACGACAGCCAGAGGGGGACGGACCGCGUGGGCUUCUUCCCGCCCUCCAUCGUGGAGGUCAUCAGCCGGCGUGGCGGGGGCACCUUGUCCCGCCACGCCUCUUUGCCCGCUCAGCGCCAACAGCUGCUGUCCCGAGGCCCCCUGUCCACCAACCUCAGCUCCGCCCCUCAGACCGACGACUCCUUCACGCUGUAUGCCCCCCCCACCCACGUGGUUCCUCCGCUCUGCAACGGCCUGGCUGCAGCGGGAGACAGGAACAGUGUCGGGAGCACCGGGAGCGUGGGCAGCACUCGGAGCGCGGGAAGCGGACAGAGCACGGAGAGCAACAGCGUUCCCAACGGGGUCCAACCCCCCGCAGGUCACCAUGACAACAGCAGCAAGACGGCGCCAUCUGCUGGUGAGUGUGGACGCUCAGACAAGCAGCACCUUCUUGCUGCAGGUGUGGCGCCCCGCAGGCCCACGGUGACGGUGCAACAACCGGCAGAGCAGACCUUCAGCCAGCAGUUUGUUCGCCCUCAGCAGCUGCUGGACGGAAAGGAUGCCGAGGCCAUCUUCCAGUGGCUGAGAGAGUUCCAGUUGGAGCAGUACACCGGGAACUUCAUCAGUGCCGGCUACGAUGUUCCCACCAUCAGCAGGAUGACGCCUGAGGACCUGACGGCCAUCGGCGUGACCAAACCUGGACAUCGCAAGAAAAUCUCCAUGGAGAUCAACAAGCUCAACAUUCCUGAGUGGCUGCCGGAAUAUAUCCCGGUGGAGCUGGGCGAGUGGCUGAGCGCCAUCGGGCUUCCUCAGUACCUAAAAAGGCUGUCGGAAAACGGCUACGACAGCAUCAGCAUCGUCAAAGAUCUGACGUGGGAGGACCUGCAGGAGAUUGGCAUCACCAAGCUGGGCCACCAGAAGAAGCUGAUGCUGGCGGUGAAGAAGCUGUGUGACAUCCACAGGGCCGUGGCUCAGGUCCCGUCCGGCCGAGGAACGUUGCGACGCAAAGCCCCCGGAGCGCUCCAUCUGGUCGCCAUUGAGCCGCCGGACACCAGCGGGGAAUGCGCGUCCCCUCACACCCCCAAGAUGCUGACCUUCCAGGACAGCGAGCUGAGCGCCGAGCUGCAGUCGGCCAUGUCAAGCCACUAUGCGGACUGUGAAGACGCCCUGGUCUUCAACGACACCGCGGGCUUGUCCCAGAGCCAAGACAGUAUUGACACCCGAUCCAGAGGAUCCGGGCGCUCCCAGGAACGGCCCACUGCCUCGGUCACACUCCACAGCUGGUCCCAGGAGAGCCUGGACAUCAGCAUCAGGAACCUCCCCGAGGGCUGGGACCAGAGGCCCCUCCACAAGCAGGUCCCUCUGGGAACGGCCACCGUGUUCAAGUACCCCGCCGUCCCGGCCAAACCCAAACUGUCCCGCUCUCACGGCUCGUCCCCUGGCGGCUCACCGGUGUUGAAGGGCUUCAGUUACCUGCACUCUCACUGUGGAUCCACAGACCUCCAUGCCAGGACCAGACCUGAGGACCACAUCCAGACUCUGGUGUCCGCCAAGAAACGGGCCCACAGCCUGAGCCGUCACGCUUUGUCUGAUGGAGAACCCGACGAGGAAGACGAGGAGUUGACUCUUCCUUCUGGGAACGUGCCUUCGUACGCCACCUUGAUCCGAAAACCCGUUCGCAGUCUCACGGCCCGAAUCCAGUCCAGUCCAGAGAAGGGUGGUACCGUGGGCCGCAGUCAGUCUUUCGCUGUACGAGCCCGGAAAAAAGGCCCUCCUCCGCCCCCCCCCAAGAGACUGAGCUCGGUGAGCAGCAGCACCAGCGGCGAACUGAGCGACAGCAGCACCACAUCGUCUGGCGGCGUGGUCACCGACAGUCCAGGGAGCGUGAGGAGCAUCACGGCCUGUCUGGAAGGACACCGAGAAGCCAAAAUCCCCCCCGGUCCCAAACCUGACCCUGUCCUGCUGGGGCCACUUCCCCUUGAGUCCAAAGACACCCAAGGGCUGCGGCAGAGGGGGCAGAGCGAGAGCCUGCAUGUGCAGUCCUGCCGCCACGUGGACCCAGACCAGGUCAGGUCUGAUGCGGAUGAAGAAGAGGCCAAAGGCUGCGGACUUGAAGGGUCGUCGUCCCCCCACAAUAGUUCCAGCGAGUGCAUCCCCUUUGCUGAGGAGGGCAACCUGACCAUCAAACAGAGGCCCAAAGCUCCGGGACCUCCCAGGGCCGACGCCGUCCUGGAGCCGCUGGAGAAACCUUCCACCAAGACCCUGGACGUCCCCGAGUUCAACCUCAAGGAGUCGGACACGGUCAAGCGUCGACACAAACCCAAAGACAAGGACGGAGACGGGCCGGCUGAGGCCGAGUCGGCUUGCGGUGGAAAUCACGACCAAGAGGAGGACGUCUGUUUGAGAAGGAGCGAGGGUAGUCCCGACAAAGCGUCCCCCGUCAGACCUCUGCCGUCCCCGAAACCGCCACUGGUUGCGCCAAAACCUGUCCGCCACAGUGUGGUGGCAGCGCACGGCAGCGCACCUGAGGAACAGUCGUUCCAGUCCUCCAACCGUUCCCAUCACGAUCACCGCAAUGCGCUCCGCUUGCAAUCUUCAGCAGAUGGACUCGGACCUCCAGCUGUGACUUUCAGUGUGGUCCAAAGUCUGGCCUUCUCCUCGCCGUCCUCGCCGACCCCUCAAAGCCCCUCCCUGUCAGCCACCAAAGGUCAGCCCCUGGGGGGUCAGGGUGGGACAGAGGUCCAGCAGAAGCUGGAUGAGACCAGCACGUCCCUGGAAGCGGCCCUCAAGGCCGUGGAGAGGAAGUUGAUCAUGGACGAGUGUGACGGCGCCAACACCGUCAAGUCGGCAGGAACCAUCCUGGACGACAUCGGGAACAUGUUUGAUGACCUGGCUGACCAGCUGGACGCCAUGUUGGACUGAGUCCGGGCCCGUCACAAUAAAAGCUCCGUGAAAGCAGCACUUGGAUUCCCGGUCCACGGAUCAUCUUCUUCCUUCUCAGUCUUUGUGGGAGGGAGCUCAAGUGUCACUUCCUGUUCCAACGCUGCCAACAAGGAAAAACUGAAGUAUUUAUUGGAGUCAAAGUGUCUUCGCGAGACGCAUGAAUGCAUCACGACUGAGAACCUCAAACACUGGAAUCAACAAAGACCACGGAAGAACAUUUUAUACCUAAUAUCAAAUAUCAUAACCUGACACGUCACGUCUCCACAUUUCUAACCUAUUCUGUCCUCGCCGGUGCGUGUGCGUGUGUGUGUGCACGUGUGCGUGUGUGUGUGCACGUGUGCGUGUGUGCGCGUGCGUGCAUACAUACACACAGUCUGACUGCACAAGAGCUUUCCUUUAACUUCCAUUUGGACUCUUUUUAAAAUAUGAAUUAGCAUGAUGUUUGUUAGCAUGGCUGAUGUUUUAUUGGGUAUAAUAUGUGUUUAUUGAUCUUCUAUUUAUCAUGUUCAUUAGCAUGUUCAGGGACCAUGCUAACUCACGUGAUCCAUCACAGCGCCUCCUACAGUCCAACAGUGGAAGGAUAGUCAUGGCGAGGAAAAGCUGAACGACUCGUGUUUUCAAAAGGGAAGCUCACGAUUAUGUUUAUAAAAUAUAUAUAUAUAUAUAUAUCCAUAUAUUAUUGUAUGUACGUGUUUAUUUUCCACACGUUUAUUCAACCAAAGUCUUUGUACAAAUGUAGCCGUGUCCGGUCACGUGACCUCCGCCUGGUGUCCUUUCGCUACG